GCCUUUUGGAACCACGAAGAAGAGUCGUGUGAACAAGGAAGUAACCAUUUUUACAGGAAGCGUAAAGCUUCCUUUUGUUUUGUUUUGUCUUUGUUUUCUUGUAUCGGACCGUUGGCCGUUUUCCAUCGGAGCAGUUGGCUAGAUCGAUUAAUAGGUUAUCCUUCAUCUGAUUUGUUUCUGUUAACUUCAUUUUUUUAUGACAGUUGACGAGUUUGGCGUUAGCUUCACACGCUAAUAAGAGAGCUAACAGCGGAGCUAACGGCUAACGGGCCUGGAGGGGAUACAGCUACGGCUACGCCAGUUAAGUUUACGCACUAAGACGAGUACUUAAGUUAAAUAAAACUCGGGGUUGGAUUACAACCCUAGCGAGGAAUGAACACACGUUCCCUGUUUGAAAUUAUUAGAAGUUAUAUCAUUAUCUCAGCCGGGAUUUGCGUAACUUCCGGCCGUAGCCGUAUCCCUUCUAGUCGGACCCCCGUCUAUGUCUAACAGCUGGAGUUUUAACCUUUAAAAACAUCAGAUACCCGCGGGAAGAGAGGGCACCAGGGCCGCUGUCACGCGUCUACCACCCAGGCCAUGUAUGCCCCGCCGGGUUCCGCGGUCCCCGGAGGCCGGAGGCGGAGAGGAGGCCCCCCCCUGCCCAAGCAGCCGGAGCGGAGCCUGGUCUCGGCUCUGCCCGGGGCGCUGUCCAUCACGGCGCUGUGCACGGCCCUGGCCGAGCCCGCCUGGCUCCGCUUGCACGGAGGAACCUGCCCGAAACAGGAGCUGGGGGUGGCGGAUGUCCUCGGGUACAUUGACCCCAAGCUUCUGGACGAUUACUGCGUGAACCCCCAGACCGUCCUGCUGAUGAGGGUGAUCGCCGCCUUCUGUUUCCUGGGCAUCCUGUGCAGUCUGACGGCGUUCCUCCUGGACGUGUUCGGACCCAAACACCCGGCCCUGAAGAUCACACGCAGAUAUGCAUUCGCACACAUCCUCACAGUGCUGCAGUGUGCCACGGUCAUCGGUUUCUGCUACUGGGCGUCGGAGCUCAUCCUGUCUCUGCAGCAGCAGCACAAGAAGUACCACGGCUCCCUGAUCUACGUCACCUUCGCCAUCAGCUUCUACCUGGUGGCGGGGGCGGGCGGCGCCUCCAUCCUCGCCACGGCCGCCAACCUGCUGCGCCACUACCCCACCGAGGAGGAGGAGCAGGCGCUGGAGCUGCUGUCCGAGAUGGAGGACAGCAGCGAGACCUUCCCCGCCGACUACGACGUCGCCAACCAGUUCCAGCCGCCGCCGGCGUACACGCCGUAACGCCGUCGCCGUGACCACGGCCUUCCGCUAAACACUCGCUUCUCUCUCGGCACUCUC